AUGGAUUUUACAGCGACCGAUAGCGACUCCGUCAACGAGUCGUUUGCCGCCCUCGAAUGCAUGUUCGACCCGCCCGUCGAUGCGAUCUGCCCUUUCGGCGAUAUCAUAUUGGUCGCAGACGACAACCUCCAUCCGACAACCAAAAUCCAGGUCUCGUCUUGCAUUCUGUCUAUGGCGUCGCCAGUGCUCCGCGCUCUCUUCAGUAAGAAGUUCGCUGAAGGACAAGGUACCUCGAGUGAUGGACCAAAGGAGGUACGGCUGCAAGAAGAUCCGCAGACUGUACUUCGAUGGCCCGUCAAAGGCAUCUUUGACAAGAUCAACCGCCGGAAUGCAAGUUUAAGCCCCGCCGCCUCCUGCACAGCAUACGACUACGACCCUGAAUUCUUCCGCGACAUUACUAAGGCUCUCGUACUCUGCUCAAACAACAUCACGCCGCACUCAUUCAACCCCAGAUGCCACGAUUUCAUCCCGUUGGCGAUGAUCACCACGCUUAGUGCGCAACUUCGAGCAGCUCAAAAUGUCAUGACGCAUCAUGUCAAUGUGGUUCUUCAGCAAUCCUGCCUGAAUGCGUCCCACCUCCUCCCGAUUAACUACAACUACAACUCAAGCACCCUUUGGCAUCUGCUGGCUCGACUUGACCAGGUUCGAGUUCCACCCAUCGUCAUCAACGAAAUGCACUGCAACUGUUUUGCUCUGACUCGCAAGAACUUCGUGAGCCCUGACGACAGUGGUGUGGACCACGAAUCAUCAGAGUGGGUGUGGAAGUCUGUCCGUGGCGAGCGCGCCGGCUGGCAUCAUCGUGUCUCUUGCUUACAUCAGACUCCCAUCGAUACUGUGGGCAUGUACAUCAUACAGCAGGACGAUGUGGAAGUCGCGGCCGAGAACGUUCGCGAUAUUCUUCAAGGCCCAUGUCUUGAUUGCGUCAAGCGUGGCGGAGGAGGAGUGGGCGACCGUGGAAAAAUUGCGAACUUAGCAAUACGUCCAGGUGGGACGAUAGGCCUGAAACAUACUUGGACAUCGACUGCUUCCAUAUGUUGGUUCCAAGGACUGUUGAGAACUCCCAUCUCCCACGAUCGCUUGAUGGAUCCGUUCGCACUCGCGGGGAACCGUCUUGACCAACACAUAGCAGAAUGGAGUAGCAACGAGCAAAGAGCCCCCAAGAUCAGCCGCGACAUAGAGCUCAGGAUGCAGCAUUGGGCUUGGGAGAGACAUCGAUUUCUUACCACCGACGACCUGGGACACAUCACGAAUAUGCAUAGCGAGACAGCACCAGCAAUGCGUCGCUUCAAUACCAAUGCGAUGGAUCAUGAAUGCGGGAUCGAAAUAAUCGACGUUGUCUGCGUGAAGAGCUCUCCAAGCGCCAUCGUUGUUUCGAUUGGUAGAGAGCUCUACCUAAGCGCUGAGGUCAAUGUGAACGUUCAUCGCAGUCAUCAAGUGCAAGGGCUUGGUGGCCCUGGCGAUCAAAGCGCCGUUUGA